AUGAGGAGUCCGGGCUGCAUUAAAGAUGUUCAGCAGCUGACGGGAAGGCUCACAGCGUUGUCCCGAUUCCUCGGUGCGUCAGCAGCAAAGGCCCUACCCUUUUUUGCUUUGAUUAAAAAGGGAAUAGCAUUUGAGUGGACCCCCGCGUGCGAAGAAGCCUUCAACCACUUCAAAGAGAUUCUAGCAGCACCCCCAAUGCUCGGGAAGCCGAAAGCCGGAGAACCACUCUAUCUAUACCUAGCCAUCACAGAGGGGGCGCUCACAACGGUAUUGGUACGGGAAGAAGGGAAGGCCCAGCAACCGAUCUACUUUGUGAGUAGAGCACUGCAAGGGGCAAAACUCAGAUACAGCAAGCUAGAGAAGCUGGCGUUGGCACUUCUGGUCUCCUCCCGCCGAUUGCGACAAUACUUCCAGAGUCACCAGGUGGUCGUGAAAACGGACCAGGGGAUUCGUCAGGUGCUCCAAAAGCCCGAUCUAGCGGGAAGAAUGAUGACCUGGGCCAUCGAACUAUCCCAAUACGACAUAGGCUACGAACCCCGACACGCGAUUAAGGUGCAAGCAAUGGCCGACUUCCUGGUGGAAGUAACUGGGAAUCCAACGGAGGACACGGACACACGGUGGAAGCUCCAUGUAGAUGGAGCCUCCAACCAGACGUCUGGGGGCGCCAAGAUCAUUUUAGAAAGUCCGGCAGGAGUCGUCUAUGAACAAUCGAUUAAGUUUGAGUUUCCCGUAUCAAACAACCAAGCAGAAUACGAAGCCCUCCUAGGGGGUUUAGUUCUAGCCCAGGAAGUCGGAGCCAAGAGGUUGGAAAUAUGCAGUGACUCGCAAGUCAUCACUUCGCAAGUGAACGGGAGCUAUCCAGCCAGAGAUUCAUUACUACAGAAGUACUUAGAGAAGGUCAAAGAGCUGGGCAAACAAUUUGAAGAGGUCACGGUCCAACACAUUUCCAGGGAGAGGAACACACGGGCUGACCUCCUAUCCAAGCUGGCGAGCACAAAACCUGGAACCGGCAACCGCUCCCUCAUCCAGGGCAUCACGAAAGAGCCAGCAGUUGCCCUCCACCUGACCAAAUCAGCCCCUUCUUGGAUGGACCCCAUCGCUGACUUCUUGGAAAACGGCAAACUCCCCCAGGACGAGAAGGAUGCCAAAGCGAUAAGAAGGGAGGCCGCCAAAUAUACGAUCAUACAGGAUCAGCUAUUCAAAAAGGAACUCAGCCAACCUUUGCUGAAGUGUCUGCACCCCGACCAGACGGACUACGUGAUAACUCGCUUCGGCAUCCCGGAAAUCGUCAUCUCAGAUAACGGGACGCAAUUCACUGACAAGAAGUUCGCAGAGUUUCUCAUCGGCUUGGGGAUAAAACAGAAGUUCUCCUCAGUCGAACACCCCCAAACAAACGGGCAAGUGGAAUCUGUAAAUAAGAUCAUCUUACUGGGUCUUAAAAAGCGUUUAGAUAGCAAGAAAGGCGCGUGGGCCGACGAGCUCGCCUCGGUUCUCUGGUUCUAUCGGACAACCGAGCAAAGCUCCACCGGGAAAACUCCCUUUCGCUUAACAUAUGGGGUCGAAGCCGUGAUACCUGUGGAGAUCGGAGAGCCGAGUCCGCGGCUAUUCCUUGCCGGAGUAGAAGAAGCAGUGGACAAAGAUCUGGUGGACGAGGUCAGAGAGAUGGCCCAUUUGUCAGAGGUAGUGCUGAAACAGAGGAUAGCCCUGCGAUACAACACCAAGGUCCUCAGAAGGGAAUUUGAGGAAAGAUACCUCGUCCUACGAUGA